AUGUUUGGGAAUGCAACUGAGAUCCUGCUCAUCGAAGCAGAAGUACAGCGUGGUGCAGUAGGCGGCGACCUCGCCGAAAUCAUGCCGGCGACCGUGACAGCACUGCAGCGUCAGAUGCUUGAGGUUGGGCAAGUUCUCCCUGGUCAAGUGUGA